CGCGGCGAGUGUGGUUGUGGCACUGAUUGAGAGAAUGAAAAGGCACAAGCGAAGACAAUAGGGUGACUGACGCUUGCAGUGGCCGAGGCGCUAUUUAAACGCUUCCUGGCCCGCGCGACCUGGGCCACCCUGGCGCCUCCCCUCUCCACCAGUUACUCAACGGCCAAACUGUUGGGCAGGAGGGAUCCUGAGAACUGCUAUGACUGUCUAAUUAUCAAGGCUAUGUGGCUGGCUCCAUUGCUCUUCAUAUUUGUGGUUAGUCUUUACCUAUACCUAGAUGCCAGGAAGCCCAAAAACUUCCCACCAGGUCCCCCCUGGUGGCCGGUGUUGGGCAGCCUUCCAGACGUGUCGCGACUGCGAAAAAAGCUCGGAAAUCUAUGCAUGGCAACAACCUUCCUGGCCAAGACGCACUGCGACGGCAAAUUGGUCGGUCUGCGUGUCGGCAACGACGUCCAGGUGGUGCUGAACUGCGCCGAGGCCGUCAAGGAAAUGGCCACCAAGCCGGAACUGGACGGCCGUCCCAAGGGACCCUUCUACCGCUACCGCACCUGGAACCUCCGCAGAGGUAUUUUAUUGACGGACGAUGAUUUCUGGCGCGAGCAGAGGCGCUUCCUGAUGCGCCACCUCAAGGACUUUGGCUUGGGAAAAUCUAGUCAGAUGGAAUCGAUUAUCAUGAGGGAGGUGCACGCACUCACGGAUUACUUCAAAACGGCCAUCAGCAAUACAAUUGACGGCAAAGCAACUUUACCUCUGCAUGACGCUUUCGGCGUGUCCAUGUUGAACACAAUUUGGGCGAUGCUGGCCGGAAUCAGGUACGACCCUGACGACGUCGAGUUGCGCAAGUUGCAGAAAAUCUUGGCUGACAUGUUCGCCAGCAUGGACAUGACCGGCUGCCUGUUCAACCACUUCCCACUGCUGCGUUAUGUACUGCCCGAGGCCUCUGGCUACAACUACUACAUGCUGUGUCACCAGAAACUAUGGGCUUUUCUGCACGAAGAGCUCCUCCGCCACGAGGCCACCUACAUGGAGGGCUCUGCCAGGGACUUCAUGGACGUUUAUAUUAAGGAGCUCAAGAGCAGAGGCGAUCAGAACUCCUACUAUUCUGAGUUACAAUUGAUGGCAAUAUGCGUCGACUUGUUCAUGGCCGGUUCGGACACUACCAACAAAUCACUGAGUUUCGCCUUUCUUCACUUUUUGCGUCAACCUCACGUUGUCAAGAAAAUUCAGGAUGAAAUCGACAGAGUUGUUGGAAAAGGAAAAGUAGUUACCAUGGAAGACAAACCAAACAUGCCUUACACUGCAGCGGCAGUAAACGAGGCGAUCAGGGUUUUUGCCGGACAUGCUCUUGCGGUGCCGCACAGAGCAAUGGCUGAUUCAACUCUGAUGGGCUACUUUAUUCCAAAAGACACAAUUUUGGCAAUAAAUUUCAACGGGUUGUUCAUGAACGAGGAUUUGUAUGAAGAUCCUUGGACUUUCAACCCAGAAAGAUUCUUGAAUGAAAAGAACGAGGUGACCAUACCUGAGCACUUCAUCCCAUUUGGAGUUGGGCGAAGGAGGUGCAUUGGUGACACUCUUGCCAAAACGAACAUUUUCCUAUUCAUUGCAAAUCUCCUGCAGACGUUCAAUUUUGAGAACCCCAAAGGACGCCCUUUACCCGACCCCUUCCCUAUCGAAGGAAUCACUCCUUUCACCCAACCCUAUGAAGGACAGAUUUCCCUUCGAGUUUAAUUAUUUUCAUUUUCUCUUUAAUUUAAAAGGAUAAUUGGACCUGUGUGGCAUGAGCCAAAAUUUAAGUUAAUUGAAUUUGUAUAGAAAUUUGUUAUUUACUUUUUUACCGCCUGUGUGAUAGUGUGCUUAGAGUUUUUACAAACAUGUUAGCAAACAGAUGUAAUAUGACCUAGCUCAGUAGAUACGAGAAGAACUGCUGACCAAUUGUGAUCAUUAAAAUUGUCUACUCCCACCAUAACAUUCUAAACGCUGAAAGGCACCCUAAAUGCGAAGGGAAGGAUUUGUCCUUAUGCGGCCUUUGACUGAAACAAUACAAUGCCUUUCAAAUAGGCAUAAUAAUAAUAUCUCUUUGAUAUUUGGUCAAAAUGCUUUUUUUUUUAAAUUUAAGUGGGAUAUUUUUUAUCAAUCUUAAUCUCUCCGGAUCAGACCAAGGCACUUUAAAAAGCGCCCAUUUAUAUGAUAUAAUUAAGAUAAAUUUUAUUUUUGUAUUGAUGCCGCUCUUAACAAUUUAGGUAUUUUAAUUGAAUCAAGAUUAAGCAGCAUGUAGAAAGCGAUUUUUUGUUAUUUUAUCAAAAUAAAGAACGGGUGAACAAUUUAGUUUUUUUUAUAAGAAAUUU